UCUCCUCGCUCCCGUCCUGAAGCCCUAGAAGGGGCCUCUGUAGAAAGCCGAAUUUUGCCCCCUACCGCGUUUCACGCCACCAUCUGUAGUUCACAGCCUGGCUAGCCCUGGCAGGCAGCGCCCCUUACCCUCUGCAGUAACCAGCUGGUCCCACCUUCCCACCGAGACCAAGUUCAACAAGUUUGUCCAAGAAGUCCUAGAGCCUCCAUGUCUAGGCCUGGCUAUGCCUGUCUGUGUGGCUGGCUCCACCAGCUCAGAGUUGUUCAACACCGUGCCUUCUGGGAUCGGGGGGUGGUUUGUCGAGUGCCGCUGUAUGUAAGGGAGGAGGCCAAAGACCGGCAGCCCCUGGGUUCUGAGAUUUGGUGUGGAGGCUCGAGGUUAGGAGUGCGUCAUUAGCGAGCAGGCACCUCAGCCGGUAGGUCGGGUUUCCAAAAAUGCCCCUUUGUUAUGCCCCUCCUUGGCCCUGCCUCCUCCCCCUUUCUUUGCGCCACCCCCUCCCCCAACCUUCCAAAAGGUUGUGCCAGUCUCUUGAUUCUACGUGCCCCUCUCUGGAUCAGCAACUACCCCCCUUCUGCGUCUUCAGUCCUAGGCAUAGUGGCAGCCUGGAGACUUGGACAGGGGUCCUUGAAGUGAUCUGGAGACCCCAGGCACCACAUCUGCCACCAUUCCGUGCUGCAGGGACACCAUGGCUCCAGAAGAGGACGCUGGAGGGGAGGUCUUAGGGGGCAGUUUCUGGGAGGCUGGGAACUACAGACGGACGGUGCAGCGUGUUGAAGAUGGGCACAGGCUGUGUGGGGACCUGGUUAGCUGCUUCCAAGAACGUGCCCGAAUCGAGAAGGCCUAUGCCCAGCAGCUGGCUGACUGGGCCCGCAAGUGGAGGGGUGCUGUAGAGAAGGGCCCACAGUAUGGCACUUUGGAGAAGGCCUGGCAUGCCUUCUUCACUGCGGCUGAGAGGCUGAGUGAGCUGCACUUGGAGGUGAGGGAGAAGUUGCACGGUCCAGACAGCGAGCGUGUGCGGACUUGGCAGCGAGGGGCUUUCCACCGUCCAGUGCUGGGUGGUUUUCGGGAAAGUCGGGCUGCAGAGGAUGCUUUCCGUAAGGCCCAGAAGCCCUGGCUAAAGAGGCUGAAGGAGGUUGAGGCUUCCAAAAAGAGCUACCACACAGCACGCAAGGAUGAGAAGACAGCCCAGACUCGGGAGAGCCACGGGAAGGCAGACAGCUCCAUGUCCCAGGAGCAGCUUCGAAAAUUGCAGGAGCGGGUGGGACGAUGCACCAAGGAGGCAGAGAAGAUGAAAACCCAAUAUGAGCAGAGCCUGGCAGAGCUAAAUCGCUAUACCCCACGUUACAUGGAGGACAUGGAGCAGGCCUUUGAGAGCUGCCAGGCUGCUGAGCGCCAGCGGCUUCUCUUCUUCAAGGAUAUGUUGCUCACCUUGCAUCAACACCUUGACCUCUCCAGCAGUGACAAGUUCCAUGAGCUCCAUCGAGACCUGCAGCAGGGCAUUGCAGCGGCUAGUGAUGAAGAAGACCUGCGCUGGUGGCGUGGCACACAUGGGCCCGGCAUGGCCAUGAACUGGCCACAGUUUGAGGAGUGGUCCCUAGAUACACAGAGAGCAAUCAGCCGGAAGGAGAAGGGUGGCCGGAGCCCUGAUGAGGUUACUCUGACCAGCAUUGUACCUACAAGAGAUGGCACUGCACCCCCACCCCAGUCCCCAGCAUGCCCAGCAUCUCCAGGUGGGCAGGACGAGGACUGGUCAGAUGAGGAGAGUCCCCGGAAGGCUGCCAUUGGGGUGAAGGUGCGGGCGCUUUAUGACUAUGCUGGCCAGGAAGCUGAUGAGCUGAGCUUCCGAGCAGGGGAAGAGCUGCUGAAGAUGAGUGAGGAGGAUGAACAGGGCUGGUGCCAGGGCCAGUUGCAGAGUGGCCGCAUUGGUCUCUACCCUGCCAAUUAUGUAGAAUGUGUGGGUGCCUGAGUGCCCUGACAGCCCUAUUGCACCUUCUCUCUAUCCUGGGCCAAAGCUCAACCCUUCCUGGACUGCUGGACCUGAGGGCCCUGAACCAUGUGCUGCUGCUGCUGUCCCUCUGUUUCCGCAGGAGGGAAGAUGUCUUAGGGCCCAUGAAGUGAAGGGGUCUGUGUCUAGAAAGAGGCUAACAGAGUUCAGGUUGAGGGCAGGAAGGGAGGUUGGAGUGACAGAGGUGUCUGAGCCUCCCCCCCUCCCGCAUUUGAGUCAUCCCGGGAGUAGGGGAUCCGGUUCCUAAACUGUCUGGGAGUUCCUGGGGUGAGGUUGGUGAGAAUGUAGUUUGGGGCUAGCAGCACCCUCUUUUGUGACUUGUAGUGUGUAUUAAACUUUAUCAAGAAUAAAAACUCCAUCAAGUGUUGUGAGCA